AUGACCUUUGCAAUUCAGUUCAAAGAAAGGUACGUACGGGAGGCUAAUGCAAGCGAAAAACUAAUUCAAGUACGGCUUGCUGCAAAAGGAUGGCAGCGGAAACUUGAUCCCAGGUACAAUGUGAUGCAAACACUGCUUCUCAAAGCUGACUGGGCAAAGUCCCUAUCCUACACGAUUGAAGGGCUAAUGGCUUCAUAA